AAGAAUGAAUGAGUAAACUAGCUUUGAUGGCAUUAUUCUUGGUGUAUGUGGUACUAUAUUUUAUAUAAUACACAGUAAAAUGUCAUCGGUCCAGAGUACACUUGUCACACUGAAGAGUAAUGGAACUCACCAAAGAGAGGAUCAGAUAACAUCAUUAUACCAAACUAAACUGUUUAGACUGUCACCUCAAGGACUGGUGACUGGGAAGAAAGGCAAUAAGACGCCUUCUUACAAGGUUUCAGCGUUAAUUGAUUCAUUUAUUCAUAAUGUUAAACUGCUAAUGAUAUUUCCCAAGUUAAUAAAAAUCUUGACAGGAGACACCUGGACAGAUCACCAGUCUGUCACAGGACUACAUAUACAGACAAUCACACUCACAUUCACACCUACGGACAAUUUAGAGUAAUCAAUUAACUUCAGCAUAUUUUUGGACUGUGGGAGGAAGUCAGAAAAACCUGAGAAAACUCAUGCAUGCACAGGGAGAACAUGGAAACUCCAUGCAGAAAGAUCCCAGGAAGGCCGGGACGUGAACCAGGGAUCUUUUAGCUGCAAGGCGAAAGCGCUAACCACUAUGUCCACUGUGCAACCCUGAGCCUAUUAUAAAUAUAUUAAUCAAUAAGGUUUUUUAAACUAAGGUAAACAAUGUCAUCGACCACACUAAAGGUUCGUUAAUGUCACUACAUCAUGAUAUUGUUAUUUAUUUGUCACCAUAAAGCUAAAGUGAGCUAGCUUUGCUAAGGACAUAGAUGUAGCUAACUACCGUUAAUCUGUUGACAGAGUUUAGCUGUUAGCCAUUAGCUCACUCGCUAACCUUCACUCUUGCCACAAUAAAUCCUCUGAUACAUGAACGUUGCUUUACGUUGACUUAAGGUUGCACUAAUGUUAUUGUUGCAGCCAGAGACACGGUCCUCAUUGUCACAGCGGUGGUGAUUUUAUUUCUGCACUUCAGUAAAUAAACAGGCAAAGUCUGCCUUCAUGUCUUCUCUGCUGCAGAUGUUCCAGUUUACUUUAAGAUAAGAUGAACUUGAUUGAUCCCACAGUGGGGAAAGUUCACUGUUACAGCAGCUGCAAAUGAGAGAAAAUAUUAAAGACAGUACAGAAUAAAUUUCUGAAGAAUAAUACUUGAAGGCUGUAAACUCUGGACUAAACUUAAAAGCCCAGUCAGAGAUAAUGAUACCAUCAACAGAUAAUGGUAUCAGCCAGAGAUGUGUCCAUCCAUUAUUCAUCCACAAUUUGAUCCUUUAGAUUCAUCCAGCUGAGAAAAAACACAACAUAAGAGCUGAUCAGUGGAGGAGCAGCUGAUGUUUCUACAGCACAAUGAUGAUCAGGAGGACUUCAGUGGAGCUGAAUGAUGUGUUUCCUCUGCAGGUGGAGGUGGAAAGUGUUUGUGAGCUGGUGUGAGUUCAGCAGCAUGGAUCAGUGUGAGGACUGUCAGAGCUCUGUGUGUGGAGAUCAGAAGAACCAGAGCACAGAUCAGAGUGAGGGACCUGGACCAGAACCUGAACCAGAACCUGGACCUGCAUCCAGCUGUGUGUCCUUUAAGAGCAUCUGGUCAAAGGAUAUUGUUGACGAAUUUAAACAAAAACCUUCAUCAGACAAACAAUUAGAUGAGGAGAGCUCAGAGAUUCCCAGGAUUCAGUCUGAACAGCAGCAUGACCUGGACUCCAUAUUCAUGCUGCUGGAGGAAAACAUCAGCACUUUUGUGAAGAAAGAGCUGAAGAAGAUCCAGAAGGUUCUGGGUCCAGAUUACCCAGAAUGCUCAGAGAGUCAGAGAGAGGAAGAGGAGGAGUUGGAGGAUGAAGAACAGAGGAGGAGCAGAGAGAUGUUUCAGAAGAUCACAGUUUUGUUCCUGAGGAGGAUGAAGCAGGAGAAGCUGGCUGACCGUCUGCAGAGCAAGCUUUUUGCUCCAGUUUGUCAACAUAAACUCAAAUGUGACCUGAAGAAGAAGUUCCAGAGAGUGUUUGAGGGCAUCGCUAAAGCUGGAAAGUCGACCCUCCUGAAUGAGAUCUACACAGAGCUGUACAUCACAGAGGGAGGGACUGCAGAGGUCAAUGAUGAACAUGAGGUCAGACAGAUUGAAGCAGCAUCCAGGAAAACAGACACAGCAGAAAGAAGCAUCAGAGCAGAAGACAUCUUUAAAGGCUCACCUGGAAGAGACCGACCAAUCAGAACAGUGAUGACACAGGGAGUGGCUGGCAUCGGGAAAACAGUCUUAACUCAGAAGGUCACUCUGGACUGGGCUGAAGACAAAAGCAACCAGGACAUCCACUUCAUGUUUCCAUUCACCUUCAGAGAGCUGAAUGUGUUGAAAGAGAGAAAGUUCAGUUUGGUGGAACUUGUUCAUCACUUCUUCAGUGAAACCAAAGCAGCAGGAAUCUGCAGCUUUGAAGACUUCCAGGUUGUGUUGAUCUUUGAUGGUCUGGAUGAGUGUCGCCUUCCUCUGGACUUCAAGAAAAAUGAGAUCCUGACUGAUGUUACAGAGUCCACUUCAGUGGAUGUGCUGCUGACAAACCUGAUCAGGGGGAAGCUGCUUCCCUCUGCUCGCCUCUGGAUAACCACACGACCUGCAGCAGCCGAUCAGAUCCCUCCUGACUGUGUGGACAUGAUGACGGAGGUCAGAGGGUUCACCGACCCACGGAAGGAGGAGUACUUCAGGAAGAGAUCCAGAGAUGGGGAGCAGGCCAGCAGCAUCAUCUCCCACAUGAAGAAGUCACAAAGCCUCCACAUCAUGUGUCACAUCCCAGUGUUCUGCUGGAUCACUGCUACAGUUCUGCAGGAGCUGCUGAGAACCAGAGAGGGAGAAGAUCUGCCCAGAACCCUGACUGAGAUGUUCAUCCACCACCUGGUGGUUCAGGCCAAAGUCAAGAAGUUCAAGUAUGAUGGAGGAGCUGAGACAGAUCCACACUGGAGUCCAGACAGCAGGAGGAUGAUUGAGUCUCUGGGAAAACUGGCGUUUGAGCAGCUGCAGAAAGGAAACCUGAUCUUCUAUGAGUCCGACCUGACAGAGUGUGGCAUCGAUGUGGAAGCAGCCUCAGUGUACUCAGGAGUGUUCACACAGAUCUUUAGAGAGGAGAGAGGGCUGUACCAGGACAAGGUGUUCUGCUUCAUCCAUCUGAGUGUUCAGGAGUUUCUGGCUGCUCUUCAUGUCCAUCAGACCUUCAUCAACUCUGGAAUCAACCUGCUGGAAGAACAACAAACAACAUCCUGGUGGUCAAAACUGUUCAGAGAGAAAGUUGAUCCAACACGUUUCUACCAGAGAGCUGUGGACGAGGCCUUACGCAGUCCAAAUGGACACCUGGACUUGUUCCUGCGCUUCCUCCUGGGUCUGUCACUUCCGACCAAUCAGAAUCUCCUACGAGGCCUGAUGACACAGACAGAAAGCAGCUCACAGAUCAAUCACGAAACAGUGAAGUACAUCAAGGAGAAGAUCAGUGAGGAUGUGUCUGUAGAGAGAAGCAUCAAUCUGUUCCACUGUCUGAAUGAACUGAAGGAUGUUUCUCUAGUGGAGGAGAUCCAACAGUCCCUGAGAUCAGGACGUCUGUCCACAGAUAAACUGUCUCCUGCUCAGUGGUCAGCUCUCGUCGUCAUCUUACUGUCAUCAGAAGAACAUCUGGACGUGUUUGACCUGAAGAAAUACUCUGAUUCAGAGGAGGCUCUUCUGAAGCUGCUGCCAGUGGUCAAAGCUUCAAAGAAAGCUCUGUAAGUACAGAGAGAGUUCCACUUAGUCAUUGAUGAAUACACUGCAAUCUUUCAG